CUUUCUUCUCUUCUUUAUAUUCACAGCCAUGACAGUAAAGUCACCCUUUUACAACAAGCCUUCGACGUCCACUAGCGUAGACUCUUGUCAUAAAUGCCCGUUGAUACUCACGCUUGACAAGAAUGAUAUUAAUAAACAACAACAACAAGACCAGACUACUUUAGUAACUGGCUUCGAUCAGUCAAAGGUUUCUGCCCCUUCCAGCAAUAACUCUAUCUCAGCCGUUGUUGAGCCGAGCAACUCCAGUGUUGCGAAAUCGGACAUUGGAAGUGCGGUCGUUACCUCGUGUUCGAACUGUGGUACUACCACUACGCCUCUUUGGAGAAGAUCUCCCUUAGGUGAAACUAUCUGUAAUGCUUGUGGAUUAUAUUAUAAAGCACGAAAUACAACUCGUCCUGUUUGGUUGAAAAGAAAUGCAUCAAAACGCCCUAAAUCAAACAUGAUCAACCCAAUCGCUCUUGCGCCUCGUAUUUCUCCUACUCCUCUUUUAGCCCCCGCUCCACCUAUUCUCUCCAUGCAUCAAUCUUCAUCCUCACUUACUCCCUCUUUGCAACAACAUCAAAUUCAUCAGAAUCAACAACAACCACAAAAACAACAAGAAAAUCAUCAACAACAACAACAUCAUCAACAACAACAACAGCAACAUCAAUCUAAACAAACUAAGCCACCCGUAUCGGUUGGAAAAGAAAUCGCUCCCGAUUGUCUCAUUUGCGCUAAUUGUCAGACUACAACCACCCCACUUUGGCGACGCGAUGAAUCUGGUCAGCCAAUCUGUAACGCCUGUGGUCUUUAUUUUAAAUUACACAGCGUUCAUCGUCCAAUCACCAUGAAGCGAUCAACAAUCAAACGCCGUAAAAGAGUCACAGCCGCUACCAUGGUUACCCACAAACCCGUCGUGAUUCAACGCCAAGUUUUGCCUGACAACAGCCAAAAACGCCAACAUGAGCCGGAACUCGAAACUAGCAAUAAACGCACUGAUCAUCAUCUUCGCCCAUUAUUGCCUUCGCCUGUUUCACCGAUCUCUUCAAGAAGAUCUUCGCCCGAUCCUAUUGAGCCCGAAGUCUAUCAUCAGCGCUAUUUGCCUUCUCCACCUAUGCGACCCACCACUUCUAAUCUCGCUUGCUUGUUAAACCCCCAAGUGGACCGUCUUGAUCGUAGUCUUCCUAGUCUGCCUUCUCCUCCAUUGGUCCCUCAUGAUGAUAUCAUGUUACCCAAACAAUCUCAUUUUGCAUUAUUUCAUCCCAAUAAUACGCAUAAAGUCCUUGAGGCUCAUCGUAUAGAGUUGAAACGUGAAGUGACCAAUCUUACUUGUCUGUUGAGCCGUACAACUGCGAUGCUCCAGAAUAUAGACAGUGUCAUGACAAACUAUUAAAUAUCUUAUAUAAAUAAAAAUAAACCAUCUCUUAUAACCUA